AUGGCGGAGGAAGAUGAGUUUGAAAUUCCUCUAACAUGGGAUCCGGCGCUUGAUCUCUUCCUCAGCAAGCCAGUAGAAGAGCAGAAGAAGCCAAACAAUUGGACAAGCCAAACAAUGAGUAUUUAUUCAAAUGCUCAAUCAUUCCUUACUGUUAUUAAUGGAGAUAAGCCUCCACCACCACCACCUCCUCCAAAGAGAAAUGUAGGUGGUACAAAAGAGGAACUUUUACGGAAAAUUAUACUCAAGCCAUUAUCACCAAGAAAGAAAGUAAUUAUCCCAGGUACAAAAGUUUUAGUUAAGCAAAGAAAUAAGUAUGGAAUAGAACAAAUCAUUUGUCAACGUAAUAAGCGAAAAAUUAUGUCAGCUCUUGAACCAGCUUUGGAACUGUUCAACCCCGAUGAUUUUCAGGAAGAUACCUCUCGUUCUAAAAGUACUGUUCGUGCUUUUACAAUACCAAUGAAAGAAUCCCUCCUCAAAGGCUUCAGAAAAUAA